CAGAUCACACCCUGACCAAACAAAACAUAGAACAUACAAAGCAAACUAUGGUCAGGGUGUGACAUUGAGACUGUAUUAACAUUACUCACCUAUUUUUCUGCAUUGUGCGACAGAUGUGGUGGAGCAGGGGAUAGAGCGCUGUCGGGAGUGGUUUGAGGUCAAGUGGCAGGACUGCAUGGAUGCCAUCAAAGCCCCAGUCAUCAACCACAUCCUGUGUGUGUCCAUGAGAUUCCACUUCCUCUGUGACAUCAUGAGAGUCAUGAAGCCCUGGUGCAGGGAGGAUAUCCCAGUGGAAGGGAACUUUGGGCAAACUUUCGACAAGCUCAACUUCUCCAUUGACGCACUGUCCAGAGAAUUCAGCACUAACGUGGUGCUGCAGGAGGAGGAGCAGCAGUCUGUGUUUGGUGUGUCAGCCCUACGGGAGGAUUUCACAGAGAGUCUGAGUAAAGCCUUCGAGGAGACCAAGGUCAUUAUGGACCAGUUUCUGGGCCUCAUCCAGCUCCUCCUCUCCUGCACCUUCAUCACCAUCUUCACCUCAGCGUUUGGCUAUGCAAGGCAGUAUACACAAGACGUUCGCUUUGACAACAUCUACAUCACCACCUACUUCAGACAGAUUGAUGCCAGGAGAAAGAGAGCAGACAAACGUUAUCUGUUACCUUUGAAGAAAGCUGAGCGGGGCCUUUUCAUCAACCCUCGCAGCCUGUCCAUACAUCCCAGUGAGCUUAAACUAGUGAUGGCGAGCCUGCUGCAGGUAGUCUCUCUGGCUGUGUUUGUCUGUGUGCUACUGGCUGUCGACAUGGUCCUCCACCACAUCUUUGACAUCAUCCGCAGACACACUUUCACAAAGUUCUCCCUCACCAGUAGCCACCACAUAGACAUCAACGUGGGAGGACAGUCCAUGAUGGCCAAGCUCCUGAGGAAGACCAUCGGGGCCUUCAACACCUCCUCUAACCUGGAUAUGCAGUCUAGUAACCAGCACUGUCUGCCCCAGCCGAGGGCUCUCACCAAAGAGGACUACCUGUGGAGUUUCGUGCCCCUCUUGAUGAUGGCGCUGAUGUGCUGCCUGCAGGUGUACAGCAACCGCCUGCGCAGAGUCAUCGCUGCCUUCUACUUCCCCAAGCGGGAGAAGAGGCGCGCUCUGUUCCUUUAUAACCUGCAGAUCCAGAGGCGCAUCUCAUACACCAAAAGGCAACGGACACGACUCAUGCAGCUAGGAACAGGAGAGAAAACAGUGUUGUCUGGUGUGUUGUCUAGACUGGAGAGGCUGGGCUGCAGGCUGCGGUGGUGCUGUGUGUGUGGGGAGAGGCAGAGGGGUGAUCGGGCUGUGGAGUGCACAGUCCCAGGCUGCCAGGCGGCCUACUGUCCCCAGUGCUGGAGGGACCUGGGCAGGAUCUGUUACGCCUGUGUCCCCACUAGUACCUGGGAUCCAAUAGAAAGCUGUUCAGACACAGACAUGUACUAUGUCCAUUAGGGAGACCACCUAAAUCACAUGCAGACACCGUAAAGAUAUUUAGCAUAUUAGCCCAUUACAGGUUUUGGUCCUCAAUCUUCUUCAAUAACAAUAAAAGCAAACUUG